AUGACGCUCUCGAGUUCCGAGUCAAGUAUUUUUAGUGAAACAGACGACGAGAGUUACAAGGAAGAAGACUACACUUAUAAUAGAGACGAAAAUAUAAAAAACAUAAAAAUUUAUAAUAAAAUAAUAAUAAAAUUAUUUUUAAAAAAUCGAAAAUAUUAUGAACAAAUAAAAAGGAUUGCAUUAGGAUAUAUAAGUAAAAUAGAAGAUAUUGAAUUUUGUAAUGUACAAAACAAUGAAGAGGACAGAAACGAGCAUAUAUAUAAUUUUUAUUUUGAUGCCCAUGAUGCUAUUGAAUAUGGAGAGAAUAAAUUAAUAUAUUACUUGCAAAACAGUUAUCACAAGUUUAUGGAUGUGAUAAACAAUUAUUCGAUUCCCCUUUUUUUUCGGAUUAUUUUUCUUAGUUGUUACUUUGAAUUCUUGAAUAACGAAGAAAAUGAAAAUGACAAUAAAAAUAAUGGUGACAAUAAAAAUAAUGGUGACAAUAAAAAUAAUGGUGACAAUAAAAAUAAUGACACAAAAAAAAAAGAAAAAAAAACAUUAGACCAAGUAGGAAAAGGUAGUGUUAAAGAAAAUGAUAUGGAUUAUUUUUUUAAUAAUUUUAUAGAUUAUGAUUUUUGUAAAGACAACGAUGUUAUGGAGGAGAUCGAUUUAUAUAGUUCAUGUCUGAUUAAAGGUAUUUUAUAUUCUUAUAUGAAAUAUACGUUUUUAAAAAAAGAAGAAAUAAAAUUAAAAAUAAAUAAUUGUUUGAAAAUGAUAUUUGUUCGACAUAAUAUAAAGAUUAAAUGCCGACUAAUUAAUAUACCUUACCUGCAUGAUAUUCAUAUAAAUAAUAUACAAGAAAUUGAGAAUAAGCACAUUGGGAAAUUUAUAAGUACGGAGGGUAUUAUAACAAGAGUUGGGGAGAAGAAAAUAUUGGAAGAAAGUAAAAAAUACAGGUGUAUGAGAUGUGACUAUGUAAUUAAAAAGAACGCUGCUCCUGAGUUAUAUUAUAAUACGGAAACUUUUUUUCGAUGUCCUAAUAUUAUUGUAAAUACGAAAAAAAUGUCAUCCGGCAUUUUGUACGAUAUAAGUGAUAAAAUAACGAAAGAGUUUAUCACAAAAAAAAUGGAUAAGAAUAAAAAGAAAGAUGAUAAUGUCGAUCAUAAUUUUGAGGAUGAUAAUGAUAAUAACCAUUAUAACAAUCCUCUUUAUAGUAAUAGAACUAAUAAAAAUGAGAAAGGUAUAUAUGUUAAAAAAAGAUGCAACAGUACCAAUUUCGAAUUUAUUGAGAAUGAAAUUAAGAGGGUUGAUUAUCAAGAAAUAAAAAUAAAAGAAACUAGUAAGUCAAAUAUUCCGUAUUCUAUAACGGUUGUACUUUUAGAAAAUUUAGCUGGAAAAUAUCACCCAGGAAAAAAUGUUAUUAUCAAUGGUAUUGUUUUGAGAAGAUGGAAGAGGUUGUAUAAAGAUAUAAGAUGUGAUUCUGAGUUAUUUAUUGAGGCCAAUUAUAUAGAAAUAAAGGAAUUAGAGCAGGUUAAAAUAAAAGAAAUAUCCUUGGAUGAUGAUUUUUCUAAAUAUAUUAAUUCUAUCGUGAGCAAGGCGUGUUUACGUGACCAACAAAAUCUGUUUUGUGGGGAAGAGGAAUUUAUGGAAAAUGCAUCAUGUGGUGGAAAUGAUAAUUUGUGCGAGCAGCUGGAAUAUGACAUAUGUAGUAAUAAGAGGUGCAAUAUAAAUGUUGGUGAUAAAAAAAUUUGUGAUAGUAAGGGGGACGAUUGGACCAUUUUGAAAGACAUAAAUACACUUCCCCAAGAUAACCAAUGUUAUCCGAUCAACACAAGAUUAAUUCCACAAAAUAAGAGGAGAGAAGAUGAACAUAUAAAUAGACAAGUGAAUGAUAUAAGUUUUACACAUUUACAUAGUGUAGAUAAAAGAGAAAAUGUUUUUGAAAAAUAUUGGUUUUUCUUUGAAAAUAAUAAAAUAGAAGGGAAAAAAUAUAUUUGUGAAAGCAUAUGUCCAAAUUUGUAUAAUUGCAAAUUGUCUAAAUUAUCGAUAUUACUUGUUUUAAUAGGUGGGAACAAGAUAAAUAAUGAGUAUGAAUCUUUUUAUCACGAAAAUAAUAAGUGGAUUAAAUAUUUUAGUAAAAAUUAUAAGAAGAGUAAAAAGAAAAGUAGUAUAGGAAAAGCUGUAAGGGAUAAUUUAAGUGUGAAUGAAGAGAAUGAAAUGGUAGAGGAUUCUUAUGAGGAGGAUUCUUUAGAAGAAAUGGGUGAAAGAAUAAGAAAAAAAACAAGGAAGGGAAAUAAAAAUGAAGUAAACAAAAAUGACAUAUACCAAAACAAAAAUAAUAUAUACAAUUUAUAUAAAACAAAAAAUAAUAUAUCUAAUAUACAAUGUGAUGAAAUGGAAAAUACUAAAGAGAAGAGAAAAAGGAAGCAAAAGCAAAAACAUAAACAUAAACAUAAACAUAAAAAUAAACAUAAAAAUAAACAAACAAAAUUUGAAUCAGAUAAUUGUGAUAAAAGGACCCUAUGUCAUUUAUUAUUAGUUGGAGAUCCAGGUACUGGUAAAUCUCAGUUAUUAAAAGAAGUACAAAAAUUAAGUAACAUAUGUGUGAAUGUGUCAGGAAUGUUUUGUACUACAGCAGGAUUAACAUGUGCAGCUAUUAAAGAAGGGAAUAGUUUUAUGUUAGAAAGUGGGGCAUUGGUAUUAGCUGAUAAUGGAGUUUGUUGUAUUGAUGAAUUUUGUUUAAUGAAGAAUGAAAACAAAAAUGCUAUACAUGAAGCAAUGGAACAAUUGAGUAUUUCAGUAGCAAAAGGAGGAAUAGUAGAUAAAUUAAAUUGUAGGUGUACCAUAAUUGGUGCUUCAAAUUUUGAGAUAAAUAAAGAGGUGAAAGGGAAUUUAUCUAACUAUGAUAGUAAGGUGAUUAUAAUUAACUUAUCAUAUGCUUUACUUAGUAGAUUUGAUUUGGUAGUGAUAGCUGAAGAUAAUAGUCAAAUAGAUUAUAAAAUAGCAGAUUAUAUUUUAUCUCAAGAUGUGGAAGUAAAAAAGGGUCUCGACAAUGAAUAUGUUAAUAAUAAUGAUAAUAUAAAAAAUAAUGUACUUGAUAAGAAUAAUAUGAAUAAUAAUAUUAACAAUUGUAAAAGUACUACGUGUAAUAAUUAUACGGAGAAGAACCAUUUAGAAAACGUACCCGGAAGUUACAUAAACAAUGGACAUAAAAAACAUAUUGAACCUAUUGGACAUGAUAGCAUCAUAUUGUCACCUUUCAAUUCAGACAAUGGUAAUGAAGGUAAAUUUGAAAAAAAAGAAAAAAAUAAAAUAAAUAAAAUAACAUGGCCAAGUGAAAAAUUAAAAGAAUAUAUUAAUUAUGUGAAGAAUGGUUUUUUCCCUAAUUUUGAUAAAAGUUCAAAAUUAAUCUUAAUUACAUACUAUUCAACAUUAAGAAAAUAUAACGAUGGUGAUAAUGGUACAACUGUACGAACCUUAGAAAGUUUAAUAAGAUUAAGUGAAGCACAUUCGAAAUUAAUAUUAAACAAAAAAGUAACAUCCGAUGAUGUAAUAAAUAUUAUAUUGUUAGUUGAAUUGAGUUUAAGAGGGUAUCAAAUAGCUAUUCGCACGAAUGCUAACAAUAUAUUAAUAGCAAGAACAGGUAUAUUGGAAAAUUCUGCAUAUUUAUUACAAACAUAUAACAGUAAUUAUAAUACAUUCUAUUGCUUAGAUGACGUUUUGUUUGAUGAUUCUUUAUAUAUGUACUUUAAAAAUAUUAUUCUGGAAAAAUUACAAUUACAAGAAAUUAAUGGGAAAAUUCAUAAAAUGGUUUGA